GUAAGCAAUGUCCAGUCCUUUUGGGAGUCCCACCCCAGGGUUUGGGACAUCAUUUGGUGCACAGACUUCAAGUUCCAGCUUAUCUCAAUCAGGAUUUAGGCAGCCGCCGACCAAUUCUUUUGGUGGAGCUUCUCCAUUCGGACAAAGCACAGGAACCACAAGCCUUGGGAAUACUGCGUUUGGUUCUGCUUCAGCGAACACAGCUUUUGGUACAUCAGCUGGAACCAGUUCUUUUGGAUCCAGUUCCUCUGGCUUUGGGACUGGAUCAGGUGGUACAGGUUUUGGAGCUGGUUCAACAAAUGCUGGAUUUGGAUCAUCAUCAAAAGGGUUUGGAGGAAGUUCUACAGAAGGUGUUUUGAAACCUGGAACAAGUGCUUUUGGAGGUGGAUUUGGAACAUCCACAACAAAUAGUGGAUUUGGAACAAGUACUAAUGCAUUUGGAAGUGGAGGUUUUGGAGCUGGAUCUGCUGGAUCAACAACCAGUGGAGGUUUUGGGUCUGGAGCAAGUGGUUUUGGGUCUGGAUCCACUAGUAAAACAACAAGUGGAGGGUUUGGAUCUAGUUCAGCAGGGUUGUCUUCAAGUGGAGGGUUUGGGGCAGGGUUUGGUGGGUCAAAAACUUUAGGGGGUUUUGGAUCUGGAUCUGGGGGAUCAACAACAAGUGCUUCUGGCUCUCUGUCAGCUUUUGGGAAGACCUCUGGCUUUGGUGCUACAACUCGAGCUGGAAGUAACUUUGGGACAACAUCAAGUACUACCUUAUCAGGAUCUGGAACAGCUGGAGGGUUUGGGCAAACAACAGGUGAGAAAAUCAAGAUGAGCACAUUCUGCAUGCUCUGUUACUUAAGCUUGAAUGAGCAGUGUAUAGUUUUAUUAAACUAUACCUAUAAUGAUCCAAUAUAG